GAGAGAGAGAGCGAGAGAGAGAGAGAGAGAAAGAGAGAGAAAUACACCGCUCUGGGGCGUGCCCACAAAAAAUGAGUUCUUUAAGGAAAUGCAUCUGAGGUCGGCAGAGUCACAGAGACAGGGUGGUGGGUAUAGCGGGAAGGCAGUGUGAUCCUCCAACCCCUUUAUGUGAAGCCUCCUCUUGGAGCACUGAGUCGAUCUGAGGCCAAGAGUUCAUAGGCACGCAGGUCAUUUGACAGAGAAAACCAUCGUACGUCAGUGAACCAACCUUACCAGAAUAACUGUCUUCAGUGCUCUGUUUCUAUAGCCAUGGCUGAGACCAGACAAUCAGAUACUGCACUUGACCCCAUUAUUGUGUCUCAUCAACUCUCCACUUCCUUCCAAGAAUCAAAAUGGAGUCCUUCAGCUCUAAAGACAUGGCCAUGAAGGCCCAAAACAAAAUCCUCAGCCGUAUGGCCAGCAAAUCCAUGGUGCAGAUGUUCAUUGAUGACACCAGCAGCGAAAUCCUGGAUGAGUUCUACCGCGUCUCCAAGAUACACUCUGGGAACCGCACAGAAGCCCAGAAGGUGGUCAAAGACCUGGUCAAGGUGGUGGUAAAGGUGGGCGUUCUCUUCCGGCACGAUCGCUUCAGUAAAGAGGAGCUCAGCCUGGCACAGGACUUCAAGAAGAAGCUGCACCAGGGGGUCAUGACGGCAAUCAGCUUCCAGGAGGUGGAGUUCACAUUUGAUAAGGCUGUCAUGACGGAGCUCCUGACGGAUUGUAGGGACAUCCUGCUGAAGCUCGUGGAGAAACACCUGACUCCUAAAUCCCUCGGGCGUAUUCGGCAUGUCUUCAACCACUACUCUGACCAAGACCUACUGACCAACCUCUACACCCCCGGGGGCCCUCUCUGGCCUAAUCUCACCAAGAUCUGCAGAGACCUGAACAAACUGGUUGAGGAAGGCAAGCUAUGAGUGGGAAUUCCAAAGAGUCCUGGAAAAAUGAGAAACUUUUGCAAGACUAUUAAGGAAUUCUGAAUUCAGUUUGCCCAAUGAAAAUACCAGGAGAUAUCAUUUUGAUAGCUUAAUGGGGACACUGAUUCAGUGUCAGUUGAUGAUGUAGAUAUUGAUUUAUGUUGGGAUCUUUAUGAGGACAUGGAAUCAUCAUCCUUGCUUUACAACAUAAGCCAUCUGCAUUAGGACUGGGCGAUAUACAAUGUAUUUGUCAUUAUCACAGUAUGAAUGUGCAUGAUAUGCAUAGUCACAUUUCAGUAUCUCACAUUUUUUCCUCUACCUCUGCCUAGAUGCAUUUCAGUCCAAUGCUGUUGGACCUAAGUAAAGUCCAUUCAAAUGUGAUAUAUGAAAGAAAAAUAGCUUACAUUUUACCAAAAUCACCUAUGAAAUCCUCCAAAGAGAUAAAAUAUACGCAUAUAUAUAACCAGCUAUAUAUAUAAUCUGCUUCUUUGUCAGGACUCCCUGCUUCCAGCAUGAUAAGAAUCUGUGGUCUACUUUCAAUUGAUUUGUCCUCCUGUUUUAAAAUAUUCCGUUUCCGGGGAAACUAAUGGACUUUAAUAGGACAACAGUCUGCCUUCCCAGUCACAGCAGUUGCUAACCUCAUUUAAGUACUAUUCAAAUUAAAAGUGGCUAUCUAGGACCAACACACAACCACCUCAAUGAGUGUCUGGGCCACAUGUAUGCAUGCAGCCGUAGUAUCUGUCUGAUCACUGACUGUUCUGCUUGUUACAAAGAGUUUCUGAGGACAGCUAAUGGCAUUUCAUUUCUAAUACAUGUCUGAAUUAAAGUCCUGCUGUACAGUC